AUGGCUCGAGAGCUUUUGAGCAGCGAUGGCUCCGACAGCGAAGAUGCUGGAGUGGAAGUGCAGACCAGCGACCUCAAAGUCAACGAAGAGUUUGCCCGGCGAUUCGAAUACAACAAAAAAAGAGAGGAACUCCAGAGACUUGAGGAGAAACAUGGCAAGACACCGCGCAAACGCAAACGAGGCGAUGGAGAGAACAGCGAUGACGAAUCUGGCUCCGAUGACUCUACCAGCGAGGAAGAGGACGAGGGGGAGUUGGUGACGGAGACCUUGGACGCGGAAAUCAUGGCGACGAUAAAUGCCAUUCGAUCGAAAGAUCCUCGUGUCUACGACCAGUCCGUCACAUUCUACACGGAAAACGAGGACGAGAUCUCUGCGCAGUCAAAGUCGAAGAAGGAAAAGCCGAUGCAUCUGCAAGACUACCACCGUCAGAACCUGCUCAAUGGGACUGCCACUGAAGAGCUGGAUGAGACGGCUCCAAUGACCUACAAUCAAGAGCAGGAACAUCUGAAAAAGUCCAUUGUCAGCGAGAUCAAAGCCGCUGCGGCCGCCGAGUCGGAGAGUGAGGAGGAAGCAGAGAAUGACGACUUCCUCGUUGCCAAGCCAAGAGAGAAGCCGGCCAAACAGCAAGUCGUGCUUGACGUGGAAGAUGCCGAGAAAGAUCCGGAAACGUUCUUGUCCAAUUUCAUGGUCUCGAGAGCCUGGGCAGCACCGACCGAUUCCAACCUACAUCCUUUCGAAUCUGAUGACGACGAGGAAGAACGAAGAGCAGACGAGUUUGAAGAGGCAUACAAUCUCAGAUUUGAAGACCCUGAAAAGUCCAACGAGAAGUUGCGCUCGCACGCCCGAGAUCUAGCAGCCAAGUAUUCGGUAAGAAGAGAAGAGGCAAACCCGAGACAGAAGAAGCGAGAAGCCGAAAAGGCGCGGAAGGAGGCCGAAAAGCAGCAACGCAGGGAAGAAAAGGCUCGGCUUCGAAAGCUGAAGAUCGAGGAGUUGGAGGAAAAAGUACGAAAGAUAAAAAAGGCCGCGGGAAUCAAAACCGACGACAUCCAACCCGAAGACUGGGCUCAUCUCGUGGACGAAGAUUGGGACGAUGCCCAAUGGGAAGCAGAAAUGCAGAAACGGUUCGGCGACGAGUAUUAUGCGGAAAAGGAGGUUGGAAGCGACGAAAGCGAAGCUGAGUCCGGCAACAAGAAGAAGAAAAUCCGCAAACCCAAGUUCGACGACGAUAUCGACAUCAAGGAUAUUGUGCCCGACUUCGACGAGUCAGAGAAGCCGGCAAUUGACCUCUCAGACCCAGAAGCAUCUGCUCCGACGGAGAAGAGCGGCAAGAAGCUGAAGGAAGACAAGAAGCGGGAUGCAAAGAAGGAGCGGAGGAUCAUCGAACAACUGGUCGAUAAGCAGCUGCAACUCGAAUUGGACAACUCGAUGUCGAAGAAGGUCGGCUUCAGAUACCGCGAGACAUCUCCCAAGAGUUUCGGUCUGACUGCCCGAGACAUUCUCCUGGCCGACGACAAGCAGUUGAACGAGUUUGUUGGCUUGAAGAAACUCGCUUCCUUCCGCGACCCCGAGAAGAAGCGGAAAGACCUCAAGCAUCUGGGGAAGAAGGCCAGACUGAGGAAAUGGCGUCAGGAGACUUUCGGUAGCGAGGAAGGGUUGCAGGCCAGUGAGUUGAUUCCUGCGCAACCUGACACAGAGCAGAAGCCGGACGGUGAAGACGUCGAGGUGGAUAUCCGAACUAAGGGGAAGAAGAAGCGGAGAAGGAAGAACAAGAAGGGAACUGUCGAUGGCGAGGCUGUGGCUUGA